AAAAGAAAACGUAUGUGUAUUGAAUAAAAAACCAAGUAAACGCAGAAACAGUCUAUGUACUCUGAAAACUGAAAAUCAAGUAAACGCAGAAACCCUAAUCGUGCCCCCCUUUCUCCCCGCGCCGCCGUGCUUCCACCGUCGCCCUACGCCUCCGUUCACAGUGGCAAUGGCGGAGGAACAAGUUGAGUUGAGGAUUUACAAUACCAUGACCAAGGAGAAGGAGAUCUUCACCACCAAAGAGCCAGGGAAGGUUUCCAUGUAUGUCUGUGGAGUUACCGCCUAUGACUACAGUCAUCUCGGUCAUGCACGUGCCGCCGUUUCUUUUGAUAUCCUCUACAGGUACCUCAAACAUUUGGGAUAUGAGGUGAAGUAUGUGCGGAAUUUCACUGAUGUUGAUGACAAGAUAAUUAAGCGAGCAAACGAGACUGGUGAGGAUCCUUUGGCGUUAAGCAACCGCUUUUGCGAUGAAUAUAAUGUUGAUAUGUCUGAUCUUCUGUGUGAGAGACCAUCUAAGGAGCCUCGCGUAUCUGACCACAUUGGUGAGAUUAAGGACAUGAUUACUCAGAUUAUCAACAAUGACUAUGCAUACGUGGUUGAAGGAGAUGUUUUCUUUUCUGUUGAAAAAUUCCCAAAUUAUGGCAUGCUGUCAGGGCAAAAGUUAGAACAUAAUAGAGCGGGAGAGCGAGUGGCUGUUGACUCAAGAAAGCGUCACCCAGCUGAUUUUGCUUUGUGGAAGGCUGCUAAGCCAGGCGAGCCUAGCUGGGACAGUCCUUGGGGUCCUGGUAGGCCUGGAUGGCACAUUGAAUGCAGUGCAAUGAGUUCUUGCUAUUUAUCUCAUAAAUUUGAUAUUCAUGGUGGUGGAAUUGAUUUGAUCUUUCCUCAUCAUGAAAAUGAGAUUGCUCAAAGCUGGGCUGCUGACAACGAGAGCCGUAUCAGUUAUUGGUUGCACAACGGGCAUGUGACUAAUAACAAUGAAAAGAUGUCGAAAUCCUUGGGCAAUUUUUUCACGAUUCGGCAGAUUACCGAACGUUACCAUCCACUUGCUUUGAGACAUUUCUUGAUUAGUGCUCAUUACAGAUCUCCGCUAAAUUACUCCAUCGAUCAACUGGAGACAUCGUCUGAUGCUGUUUAUUAUAUAUUUCAGACUCUUGAAGAUUGUAGAGAAGCUUUAUCACCGUUACUACAAGAGGAUACUGAGAAGAAAGAAAAAGUGCCUCAACUUAUUGAUGCUGCGAAGGAGUGUAUUAAGAAGUUAAAUGUCGAGUUUCAAACAAAAAUGUCAGAUGAUUUACAGACAGUAGUUCUAACCGGUGCUCUCCUAGAGGCCUUGAAAUUCGUUAACAAUUCUUUGAAGAUGCUGAAGAAAAAGAUGCAGCAAAGAGCACAAUUGCAAUUGGUUCAUUCUCUAUUGGAAGUUGAGAAAGAAGUUAAAAAAGUUUUGAGUGUACUAGGAUUGUUACCUUCUCUGUCCUAUGCCGAGGUUCUGCAGCAGUUGAAAGAUAAGGCCUUGAAGAGAGGCGAUUUGACAGAAGAUGAAGUGCUACGUCUGAUUGAAGAAAGAAGACAAGCUAGGAUAAAUAAGGAUUUUGCCAAGAGUGAUGACGUAAGGACCGGUUUAACAGCAAAGGGUAUUGCGCUGAUGGAUGUCGGCAAUGAAACAGUUUGGAGACCAUGCAUCCCAAGUGAACCGGUUGUUGCACAAGCGGUUUUGACAGGCGAGAAGACACCUAAAGUAGAAGAAAAACUGUCAACACUUGCCGUCGGUCAAAAGGCGGAGGAAAAAUCUGCGGAUCCUAAAGGGAAUGGACCACCUGCAUCUUCAACAUAAAUGUUGAAUUGAUAUUCCUUUAUAGCUAUAUGAUUAAUACAGAACUAUGUUAUAAUUUAUCAAUUUUAUAACGAGGCUUCAAGAUUGUAUAUCAUUUUGAAGUUAUCAUUUUAGAAUAGGAAGUUUAUCAUUUUACAUAUUUUUUUGAGGUGAGAAUUACAAAGUCGCACAAAGUGAACGAUGAUUUUCUUAUAAGAUUUAUUUAAAGGUUUACUUUAUAGACA